CAAGCGAACGAACAUGAGGGAAUACGGGUGGCAAAGUUUCAAGGGUUUCAUCUUCAGAAAUCCUGCUGUUGUCGACCAGGAUCCACGUGUGGACGAUGGGGAUGAGAAUACUGAGCGUGGUAACUGGACCAGUAAGAAGGAGUACAUUCUCUCUAUGAUCGGAUAUGCUGUUGGUCUGGGAAAUAUCUGGAGAUUUCCGUAUUUGGCAUACAAGAAUGGAGGGGGUGCCUUUCUUAUCCCAUAUUUCGUGAUGUUGGUGGUGGUUGGAAUUCCUCUUUUCUUCUUGGAAAGUGCCUUGGGUCAAUUCUGCAGCCAAGGUCCAGUUAAUGUAUGGAGUGCAGUGCCAUUAAUACAGGGUAUUGGUGUUGCCAUGGUUGUGGUGUCUGUAAUAGUGUCUAUUUAUUACAACGUCAUCAUCGCCUACAGCCUGUACUACAUGUUCGCCUCCAUGCAGUGUCCUCUGCCGUGGUCCGGCUGUUCCAGCUGCGAUGGCAGUAACUGCAGCACCACGCCUGAAGUGUCCUGUAAUGUAAGCAGUGUUUUGAUUACCAACUGGACUCAGGAAAACAGCAGCUGCUCUUCGAUACAGACUUCGAGUGAGCUGUACUGGGAUAAUGUGGCUCUGCAGAGGUCCAGUGGUCUUGAUGAAACGGGGCCAGUAGUUUGGCACUUGGCUCUCUGUCUGCUGCUGACCUCCAUAAUUGUUACUGCUGCGCUCAUCAAAGGCAUCAAAUCAUCAGGCAAAGUUGUGUAUUUCACUGCUACCUUCCCUUACGUGGUGAUUGUGAUCCUGCUGAUCAGAGGUGUGACUCUAGAGGGAGCCAAAGAUGGGAUCGAGUUCUACAUUGGUUCUCAGUCCAAUCUGACCAAACUGACUGAAGUUCAGGUGUGGAAAGAUGCAGCAACUCAGACCUUCUACUCUCUCUCUAUUGGCUGGGGUGGACUCAUUGCUCUCGCUUCCUAUAACAACUUUCACAACAACGUGUUCAAGGACUCGUUUGUUGUCACCCUUACUAAUGCAGGGACCAGUGUGCUUGCAGGCUUUGCCAUAUUUUCAUUUUUGGGACAUAUGGCUCACGUCUACAAAACGCCAGUUUCAAAAGUGGUAAAGGAAGGGUUUGGUCUGGCUUUCAUAGCCUAUCCAGAUGCUCUGUCUAAGCUCCCCAUCUCCCCGCUGUGGUCCAUUUUGUUCUUCUUCAUGCUUUUGACUGUUGGUCUGGACUCCCAGUUUGCAGGAAUAGAGGUGAUAACGACCUGCCUGCUUGACGCUUUCCCCACAGUCUUCAAAUCCAAACAUGUCUUAUUAACUGUAACGUUAUGUUCUGUCCUCUACCUCCUGGGUUUACCAUGUGUCACAAGGGCAGGCAUAUACUGGGUAACCCUAAUUGACCAGUUUAUUGCCAGCUGGGUGCUGCUAUUUUUGGUGCUUUUGGAGAUUAUUGCCAUCUGCUACAUUUACGGGGGAAACCGUUUUAUUAAAGACAUUGAGAUGAUGAUUGGAAUGAAGACUUCCACAUUUUGGCUGUGGUGGAGAGCAUGUUGGUUCUUUAUCACCCCCUGCAUCGUAGUGUUCCUCUUGAUCUCGUCUCUGGUUUACUUUGAACCCCCUAACUAUGGAGGUAUCCCCUACCCAGACUGGGGCAUGAAUUUAGGCUGGUGCAUGAUUGCAUUUGUCCUGAUGUGGAUCCCUGUUGCUGCUGGGUAUAAGCUAAUAAAGGCAAAAGGAAACCCCUGGAAGCGUCUGAAGUCACUGUGCUCGCCAUCUGAGGAAUGGCAUCCCUAUUUGGACGUCCAUCGAGGGGAGCGCUACUCAGAAGAACGCUGCCGCCGUAGGAACAACAGCAAAAAUAAAGCAGAAGUUAAUCUGAAUGUAAUCUCCAGUUCGUGGCUAUAAUGAGGCUUCUCCUGCGUUUGCUCUAUGAAUACCUUGUUUUGAAAGUUCUGAAAGUUAAGUCAUUUUUGACCUCUGGGAAGCAGAAAGCAGCUGAAAUAUAAACUCACAGCAGACGGCACAGAACUUACAUGUAAACUUCCUGAAACCUGAGCGCUUUUUUUGGGAUGUAUUUUUAAUUUCUACAGUCUGUUUGGUAAUCGUUGGAUCAGCAAUUUAAAAAAAAGAACUAUGUCCUUCGACAGGCAGAAUGGGUUUCUUUAAGAGCACAAUGCAAUCAAGUCACCAUUGCAAACAAAGUGUGAACACUUUACUGAGCAGAAUGAUGUAUAUACUGCAUAACAGCUGAGAUCUAAUGUUCCCAAAUGAGGAUGUGGACUCUUCUUACUAUCUAAACAUUUCUUCUUUCUUCUUUUAAAAGAACUGUCUGGGUCUUUUCCCCUGUUUUUAUGACCUAUUGUACACUGUAUAUGUCCUGCUGCAGCUUGUGUGAGUUCAUGUGUUUACAGAAAAAGAGAAGACUCAAUCACACAAACAAAGUUGACAUGGAGAAAAUAUAUAUAUAUAUAUAUAUAUUUAAUAUAUGUAUUACUUGAUAGGGCAUUAUUAUCAGGUGAUAUUUUAUUGGCAGUUUUAUGUUUUGUUUUGGGGGUUUUUUGGUUUUUUGGUUUUUUUGGUGGUGGGGGGGUAAUUUAUUCUUAUAUUAGGAGAGAUUGAGUCUGUGUCAUUAACUAUGCUAGUCUUUAAAGCACAGUUCCUUUUCCUGUGACUUCUAUUCUGAUAUUUAAAUGUAGUAAAUAAAAGUGCAACUGAUAUUUUUUA